CUUAGAAACACCCAUCAAUUUGUACAUUUAUUACUCCUAUUUGAGUUUUUAGCAGUCCGAGAAGAAAGCAACCCUGACUUCAAAUUCAAAUACAAUUAGGUCAACUGAAAUUGCGCGGGAACGAAGUUGUUGGUGUUGAUCGGAACCGAGAAAUGAACGAGAAAGGUCGAGAACAACCACAAAACUGGAUAAAGGGGGACGAAAGUGGCGCCGAUAUGCUCAAAAGAGUAUGGAGGGUACGACCUUUCCUCCUUCCUCCGCCGCUUCACAGAGUUCCUCUCCGUGUCGGUAACGUCCUCGAACUCGUCGGUCCUUCUCCUUCCGCCAAAACUCAAAUUCUUAUUCAAACCGCAAUCACUUGCAUUCUUCCCAAAAACUGGAAUGGAAUACACUAUGGUGGAUUUGAUCAUUUGGUACUCUUUAUUGACCUCGAUUCUCGCUUUGAUAUCAAUCGUUUCUCUCAAUUGCUCAUUUAUCGGAUUAUUGAACCUUAUGGAGAAAGUAGUAGAGAUUAUGAUAAAGCGUUGUAUGAUUUGUGUAUGGCUCGUUUUUUGUAUGUUCGUUGUUCUGACAGUUUUCAGUUUCUUCAGACUCUCAAGACAUUAAGUCGACGCUUGGAUAAGGAGAAAGAAGUUCAUGGGGUUAGUGUUCACUUGCUAAUGAUUGACAGCAUUGGAGCUUUUCAUUGGAUGGAUCGUGCAUCUACGUUCUUGUCUCUAAAAGAAAACAGCAGGAAAAAGCUUUUUCUUCAAAGUGUGUCAGAAGCUGUAGUUCAGGAUAUUAAAAAACUUCUUCAGGUGCAUCCAAUGCUUGUUAUAGCUACAAAGUCAGUGAUUUUUUGGAAUAAAUAUUCCACUGCUUCAGUUGAGGUCAAAGGAAGUUUCAUGAAAAAUAAUUGGGAAGAAAGAAGUUCGAGAAAUGUAACAAGAAACAAUCAACAUUUUCAGUAUCGUGAGUACAUGCCUUCUGUCUGGCAGUCCUUUGUUACACACAGAAUACACAUACGUUCUUCAGAUGAUCAUUCUGUUACAAGCAAGUGUCAGAACUCCUCAUUCUAUUUGUUGGAAUGGUUAUUGCCAAGAUUGAGUUUUUCAGACAAGAUUGUAGUGAAAGAUGCUGGAGUUUUUGUCGAUUCAUGAAGCAUGUUUCUGGAGCGAUGUCAGUGUGUGGCCCAUAACUGCUUUCAAUUUUGGGUAACAAAUCUUCUCUUCUGAACUUUGCAAACAUAUCUUCACCAUUAAUUUUUUAUUUUUGUUGGUUUGUGUUGCUAAUGGAUGUGGUACAGAUACAGUAGAAGCUCUUAAACAAAUGGAGUAUAUGACUUCUUGGUUGGACUCAAUAUUUUGACGAAUAUAGGAUCCAUGUUAUUAUCAAGAUCCAUUUUUGAUCCUGUACAGCUAAGGAAAGGAGCAUUUGAAGUGUAAUUAUGCAAGGUCCAGCCAAACAAAGAAACCUACUGGAACUGGUGAGAGGAUUCCUAAUUUUAGAUCACAAUAGUCCAUCUUAGAUGUGGCACUUAUCAAAAGGAGGACCUAAUUUGCUAAUCUGAUUUAAGGAAAGCUUCUAGCACUUAUGGUCGAUUGCUAUAUUCUAUUUGCCUCCACAUCCUUUUCUAUUCAUCAUUUUUGCUUAUGUACAUGAUAUCAAUAACUUUUCAUAUCAUGAGUAGUUUGUAUAGAAAUUUUACCUUCGUUGAUUAGGAAAUAUCUUUCUUUCAAUUAUUAUUUUAUGCACUCCUAAAAUAAAACUAUCUUUCCUUUUUAAGUGAUCAUCAUUGCAUUGUUUCUAA